UAUUUAUAGCUUCAGUUAACUGAAGAUAAAAGAUUCUUUUACAUAGAAGCCGACUGCGCACGCGAAUAACCGUCUCAGAGUUUCUAUGGCAACAAUCCACGCGUGAGUUGUUAUACCAGGAACAAAAACAAUUAACAUCGCAUUUCGUGGAAAUAUCACAAUACUUAAUAUAUAGCGCUGUCAUUUUCAUAUUCCGUGUUAAUAAACACGUCUAGCGGGCUAAGGCAUAGCCAGGAAAUUUGAGGCUUCAAGUAAAGUGUUAAAAUGGUAUAUGUUAUGAACAAACGUUUGGGUAGAUUCAAAGAACCACCACGAGAGAACCUACCGCAGUUUUCCGACACGGAAUACGGAGAAGACCGCAGAAGAAAUGAAUCGAAAGAAGUGUAUUAUUCAAGAUUGCCAAGCCAUGAAUGUAUAAGCAACCUAUUUCAGGUCUCUAUGGAUCGUCUGCAGGACACAGGAUGGUAUUGGGGUCGAAUUACAAAAACCGAGGCGAUUACGGUUUUAGAAAAUGCUGACGUUGGAACAUUUCUAUUACGUGAUAGUUCAGAUUCUCGCUACUAUUUUUCCCUCUCUGUGAGGCUACCGAGAAAUAUUCUUAACAUUAGGGUGCUAUUUUGUUACGGGAAAUUCAUGUUGGAUUUCUUCAAAACAAGAAUUAACGAAGUACCAAAGUUCGACUGUGUCGUGAAGUUAAUAUGCUACUACGUAGCUGUCAGUCAGAACAAAGAAGAUAAACGCAAAGUAUUAGCAAAAACAGAAGUUGGGGAAGACGAAAUUAAACUAGAAAAGCCUUUGUUUAAUAAAGUUCCCGCGUUACAACAUUUAUGUCGUCGUGUGGUGAACAAAACAAUAAGCAAGGAGGAACAAUCACAGCUACCAUUGCCAAACUCCAUCGAAUCGUUUAUGAGGAAAUAUCCCUUCUCAAUAUAAUAUCUUGCUCAAAAUUUGGACUAUUCAUUAGCGAAAUAUAGAACAAGUUAGUAUAAUUAGAGCAAAUUAGCAUAAUUAGAACGAGAGUUACCUCGCUUGGUUAGAGCGAAUCCAAAAUCAAUGAAUCGGACAAUGAAUGAACGAUGAAAUAUACUGAAUGUCUUAGACUUAGUGUAUAUAGGUAUAUUAUUAUUAUUUAUUAUGUCAAUAUAUUCUAAUUUAAAUAAUAUCAGGUUAAAUGAAAUUUUAAUGAAAUGUUUGACUAUAGUAAUAAUCUCUGUAUUUCUUGCUAACAUUCUCGAUUCAACGAAAUAACGUCACCAAUAUACAGUUGAUUUAAAACAAGCAUUAAUCAAAGCCAAAAUGAGAAGAAUAUUUGAAAAAUGUUUUAGCCUGAGCCGAAAAGCUGGAAUACAUGCCCGGUUGGCACGAACCCAAAUCUUACUUUGACACUAUCCCUAAAUCUAGUUAAUAAAUGGCAGUAUUAGAGCCUGAUUAGUUUUGGGUCAGUUUUAGGGAUUAGGAUUGGGGUUUAGGAUACCAUUUUUACCAGUCACACAUGUCA